AUGAAUACCAGUUUGUACGACGAUUUGACAGUGACACAGCUCAAGGAGCGGCUACAGGAGCUUAAUCUACCCUCUACUGGAACGAAAGCUGAAUUGUUAUCAAGACUGAUGAAUUUCAAAUUAGGCGGUGUGCAAGUGGCAAGAAAUUCCGGAGAGGAGUUACAAGAUGAAGCAUGUGCGGAGGUCACAGGAAGGGAUCAAAAUUAUGGAGCUGUUCCUCGUGAUGUAACCACGAGCGCCGAGGAACGAGACAAUUCGCUCCAUCUUGAGAUAAGACAGUUGCAGCGAAGGAUGGAGGAGAUCUCCCAGCAAUUGGUAUCAGCUCCAGCUGAAAGGAGAGUUUUGGGAAGACAUGAUUCUUGCACGAUGUUUCACGAAGAAGAGAGCCGAUCGCGAAUAGGCUUGAUGGCGAUUGCGGAGAUGUUAAACUAUUACGACGGCGAGUCACCUUAUGAUCACUGGGAACAGCAGUUUCUUGCCUUGAAAAGGAUACACGGUCUGUCAGACGGAGAAGCGACGGUGCUAUUUAGAUUACGAUUAAAGGGGAAAGCGGCGGAGUGGUUUCACUCAAAAGCGGAGUAUUCGGAUAUGUCGAAUGGGGACUUGCUUGAUCAAACAAGGAAAAUGUUUCGUCAUCUCCCUUCUUGGGCGGAUAGGAAAAGAGAGUUUCUGCAGCGGCAGUGGAAGUGCAGUGAGCGUUUCAGUGAAUACUAUCAUAAUAAAGUGAUCCUGGGGAACCGCGUGUCUGCUGGUGAAGAAGAGCUAAUUGAACAUUUGAUCGAGGGAAUUGUAGACUUGGUUCUGCAGAACACAGAGAGGAUCAGGAGUUUCCGGGAUAAAUCUGAAUUUUUCACUUCGUUUGAGAAGGUGCAUUUGCCAAUUGGGUUCGAGACGAACCGUGAACGGAGUAAGCCGGAAAGAGGAGGGGAGUGGGCAGCAGGGCGAAGGCCAAUGGGAACGAGUGUGGUAAAGCAACAGGGAUCAGCUGGUCAACAGCGGAUCCACGAAGGUUGUCAUAACUGCGGAGCGAGGGGACACCGAGCGGCAUUUUGCCCAUCGAGGGAGAGGGCCGGAUGUCCCAAAAAGGCGCCAGCGGUGACGGUUGUGAGGGUCGAUGAAGGUUCAACAGCGGUCAAGAAAUCUUUAAAGAAAACUGUUACGUUAAAUAAUGUAAAGAUUUCUGCGUUAGUAGAUACGGGCAGUGAAAUUACGCUAAUAAGAGAAAGCGCCUUCGCUGAAAUAGGAGCGCCGCGAGUGGAAAACGAAUGGGUCUUUUUCAGAGGUUUGGAUUCGGAGUUGAUUAGGACACUGGGUCAUUUUACAGCUGCUAUCGGGGUUGACGGAGAAGAGUAUGAAACCAAAAUACAUUUAGUUCCUAAUUCGUGUAUGCGCCAUGACCUCAUCUUAGGAAAAAAUUUCCUCGACAACGUGAAAUUGUUAAUAGAGUCCGAGCACAUAGAGAUCCAGCGUUCGGACAAAGCACAGCCAACGGAAAGCGAGUCGCCAGACGUAUUUAAUAUAAACGUUUGUGUUUUGAAGGGACGGGUGGAUUUAACUCAUUUAAAAGCAUCAAAAAUAAAAGAAAACGUGAUUUCGUUGGUAGAAAACUAUAGGCCGGAGAAAAAACGGGAAGUGGGGGUGGAGAUGACGAUCAUUUUAACAGACGAAAAUCCUGUUUACCAGCGAGCAAGGCGUCUGUCAAUGGCAGAGCGUGACGAGGUGAAUAAACAUAUACAAGAAUGGUUACGUGACGGUAUUGCACAGCGGUCACUUUCGGAUUACGCAAGUCCGGUCGUCGUAGUGCGGAAAAAGGACGAUUCAACACGAUUGGGCGUAGAUUAUAGACAGCUUAACAAAAAGACUUUUGAAGACCGAGAAUUGAUUAACGAGAAAAUAAUACUAACAUAUCUAGACGAUGUAAUAAUCCCAAAGUUAGACGCGGAAUCUGGCAUUAAAAAUUUAGAACUGGUUUUGAAGGUUGCAAGCGAGGCUAGCCUGGUGAUCAACUGGAAGAAAUGUCAGUUGUUAAAAAAUAGAGUACAGUUUCUGGGGCAUGUGAUCGAAAAUCAUACAAUAUGGCCGUCCGACCACAAGACCGAUGCAGUGCUUAAAUUUCUAAUGCCAACAACCGUAAGGGAAGUCCAAUGUUUUUUGGGAUUUACGGGUUAUUUUAGAAAAUUUGUCGACCAUUAUUCGUUGAUCGCCAGGCCACUCACGAACUUACUCAAAGGCAACCAAGAGUUUCGGUUUGAUGAUGAGCAGGUGCAGGCGGUUAAAAGACUGAAGGAGAUUACUGACGGACAAGCCAGUUUUGAGUUCGGGUUCGGGAGCAUACUGCUGCAACGGGGCAGUGACGAUGGUGUUUUACACCCUGUAUACUAUGCGARCGGAAAGACGAGUCCGGCGGAGGAAAAAUAUGCUAGUUACGAGCUGGAGUGUUUGGCUAUAAUUAGGUCGCUUCGCAGGUUCCGAGUAUAUUUACUCGGCAUACCUUUCAAGAUUGUAACUGACUGUCGUGCGUUUGCUUUGAACAUGAGAAAAGAAGAUUUAUGUGUUCGCGUAGCGAGGUGGGCAUUGUUGCUUGAGGAGUUCGAUUAUACAAUCGAACACCGAUCGGGGAUUAGCAUGAGGCAUGUGGACGCGCUGAGUCGGUGUCCACUUCCCGAAUGUAUGGUGUUAAAAGAGGAUGAGGACAGUGUUAGUGCACGUUUGAGGGAAGCGCAAGCGGCGGAUGAGAGUAUCAGUAAAUUGUUGGAAUCAGUUCGGGUUUAG